AUGGGACAGGAGAGCGCCGGGACGAGGGGCCCUUGGAGCGGCGACCGCGUGAGGAGCAUCGUCUACGCCGGCCUCGACUCCAUCGUCACCUCCUUCUCCCUCAUCUCCUCCAUCUCCGGCGGCCGCCUCUCCUCCGGUACCCUCCCUUUCUCUCCUCUUCCUCUUCCUCCUGUUUUUCUCACGUUGGGUGUUGUUGCAGGGGACGUGGUGGUCCUGGGGUUGGCGAACCUGGUGGCGGACGGGAUCGCAAUGGGUUUCGGGGACUUCGUGUCCAGCAGCACGGAGAGGGACAUGGUCCGCAAGGCCAGGGCCGUCCUCCAGCAGGGCCUCCGCCGCCACAUCCGCCCCCAGCUGACCGACCUCCUCCACGCCUACCAGGCCCUCGGCAUGGCCACAGCCGACGCCACCACCGUACUCCACCUAUACACUUACACUUUACCCUCCUCUUCUUCUACUUGAUCACUCACUCUCUUUUCUAGUUACAUAUGUAUAUAUUUGUGUAUAUGUGUCAUGCACGUGUCUGGAAUUAAAAUGGGUGGCGGUGGUGUUGGUGACCCUGAGACAGGUGGUGAGCGUGCUGGCUAAGUACGAGGGGAUCCUGGUGGACGAGAAGAUGAGCCUGGAGAGGGGGAUGCUGCCCCCGCGGCAGAUGGAGGCGCCGUGGAAGAGCGGGCUGGUUACCUUCCUCUCCUUCGUGGGCUUCGGCAGCGCGCCGCUCCUGGCCUUCGGCCUCCUCCUCCCCUUCGCCGUCCCCCCCGCCGCCCGCUUCCUCGCCGCCUGUCUCCUCGCCGGCGCCGCCCUCUCCCUCCUCGGCGCCGCCAAGGCCCGGCUCUCCGGUCAGAGCCUCCCCCUCUCCGUCGCCGCCACCCUGUUCAACGGCGCCCUCGCCUCCGCCUCCGCCUACACCAUCGGCUCUCUCCUCUCCAACCUUCUCCGCCUCGAAUAA